GCAAAGUUUCAUCCUGCAGUGUAGAUGCCUCAUUUCCCAAUGACUGGUGGCUUGCAGAAGACCCUGGACUCCCCCAGAAGGCCAGCGAAAGACCAGGAGCUCACAAACGUCAGAGAACCACUUCUGACAUGUAAUUCACAAGAUUCAUCUUCUUCUCGGCCCAUAUCCCCCUCUUCGAACACCGAGGCUCUCGUUAACUCUGCGUCCUUGCCGUUUCCGAUCAGAACUCGGCCGACAUAUCCUAUUCAGUUGUCCGUCUUUCCAACAAUCUCACAAAGACACAAAGAACAAGAAAUCCAUCCCGAGACAGAAACAGCACUCACGGAGGACGCUCUAGAUCAAGAUAUCGAAGUCGACUUAGACCGCAUUUCUUCACAGGAUUUACGCGUGGAUCACGACUUUGUAGCGCCUUGUGAACUGGCGUUGUCUGCAGGCCUGGGGGCUUUCCCAAGCCGUCUCCGCACCUCCAGUCUGACCAGCGAGGCGUCCAGUCAGCGGAGCGCGGGUGUGGAUUCCGGGAACAGCUCACGGCUGGACGGCAGCAGCUCCUGCGGCUCUGAGAGCAGUAGCGCUGGAAGUAGGUCACGUGCUGCAAGUAUCCCCAGGUCGUAUCAGAACCUCAUCUCGUGUGGUGACGUCACGAAUAUCUCUGAGAUAACCUCCCAGUCUUUUCACAAAGGUCGACGUGGUACUCUGACCGGAAGUUCGAGUGGGGGCUCUUCUGAAGACGCAUGCCUCGGUUCUGUCGAUUUUUACUACAAUACCUCUGAAAAUUCGGUACCAGUUAGUGGCCUUGUGAAUGACAAUUGUGCCACCUCUAGCGAUGACGGAAUUUGCGCAAAGGAGCCUUGGAUGGAGGACGAUUUUGAUGUUGACCAAGAGCAGCAGCAAAGCCUACAACCCUUAUUUACUAGGACAAAUGAUCCCUUCGUCUUCCAGCAAGAGUUUGACCGCAGACGUUUCACAGAUAUGUACUUAGAUCACACAUGUCUUCCAGGUGAUGGUCUAGAUCGUUCAGAAAUGUCGUCGGGUCGAGGUAUUGAAGAUUUAGUCGGCGGUUGUAAGAUGUCUCCCAAUGAACGAAUUCCUUUGUUAGCCCAGAACAGUGACAAGUCAGGUGUGUGUGCCGAGGCGGGUACUCUAAUGGCGGACGCCGCUAGACAUGAGCACUGGAGACCCCUGAGACGCUCAUCUUCUAUGGGAACUGUUGCUCUGAGAUGCCUCAGUCAAGAAAAGGAAGAAAAAAAUCACGACAUGCCCAUGAAAGAUUAUUCCACACCAAAGGCAGCAAGGACUGAUGACCAUUCAAAUCAUAAUCAUAACAGAAGCACAAUAGAAAAUGCAACACAUUUUGACCUACAACCUUCAGCCCAUUACCCUAGUGGCAGCAAUAGAAAACAAGAAACUCAGGUAUCACAACGGUAUACUUCUCAACCCGGUGAUACAAUGGCUAGUAACGGUAUGAAGCCUUCGGAAGCUGGUGAAAUAAAACCGCACCCCACAGAAAGCACGUUCAUUGAAUUCGACCAGGAAACCAGACUAGACUCCGAGCCUCGCACACAGUCUGGCUAUCUGAAUGAACACGAUAACAAUUUGCAGCAAAUUCAAGGCAAUCCCGAAGAUGUGGGUAUGAACUGGCAGCCAAAGUUUGGACAGCAUCGUGCAACCAGGGAUAUUCAAAACAAAAUUUCCAACGAAAAUCAACUGACCUGUCAAAACCCCUUUGACCAGAGCAAUGUUCCCUUUACCUCUUCGUGCCAACUUACCUCUCAAGUGCCGCUACGUCAGCCUCAACUCGCACAUCAUUCACUUCCAGUCAAUCUGACAGCUGGCCUUCCUGACCAGACUUUGGCGCCAAAUCACUCUACAAACGACAAUCAAAAACCUAAUUUCUACCAUGAUCUGGAAUCCGUUCUCGGCUACGGCUCUCCUCUAUCCCUAACGAAGCCUACUCGUGGGUCAGGUAGAGCGCUAAUUGCAUCCAAGCCAGGGGGAAAUCCUGCCCUCAGAUCUUCUCACGAGUCGCCUCCCCUUCAGGUGAUUGUGCCAUGCUACAAUAAAAACCCCACUGUUCUAGAUAUGAACAGGAUGAACGCAAGUAGAACAGUCGGUCACAACCCACCGGCAUGUGUUUCCGAAGCAGGACGAUACUUGCCUUUUGAUAACAAUACUUCUUCCAAAGAUCGUUUGCGUUCUGUAUCUGCUGCAGAAGAACUGUAUUCAAAUAACUGCAAUGCACACAAGUCCAAAACAACUUGUCAGUGCCAUCCGUCGCAUCAUACGAUGGAAGAAAGUAUCUCAUGUCCGCAAAGUCAUAACCCACAGCAAAGCACAACGUCCUUUCAUCAAACAAGAAGGAUGCCUCAUUCACAAGGUCAGCAAAACCAAAACCUCAUGCCUACCUCUACUUCUUUCUCCGUUCAGUUCUCACAUACCGAGCCACUUAUGGCUGCGACAGAUCAAUGCCCUCACUCUUCCUCUUCUUCUUACAUUGUUCCUUCUCAUUGCCUGGACGAAAAUAAAGCCAACAGAGGAGCUCACGGUAACAUGUCGACGAGCAACAUGGACCCUGAUGCUUUUGUGAUUGUAGAUGCUCCUGAGAACGAGCAAGGAUUCACUCGCGAUAACCAGGUCGCCUACUCCUUGAAGGACGAUGGUGGAAUGUAUUGUGGACCCAGUCAAGGCCAGUAUCAAAGUCACACAUCUAUGUCUGGCAACGUGUCUAUCAAAACGGACACAAGAAGGUCAUCUAUAUUCAAGUCCAGAUGGAAUAAUACCUGCAGGCGUAUCCGGUCGCUAAGGUCUGUGCUGUCCUCCACUGUCCAUCGUCUCUGGCCGGCUGAAGACACAAGUUUACAAGAGAAUGAAUUAUUGGAAGAGACUGGAUACAGGCCAGGUAUGGUACUCUCUGUUUCCCGUGAUUGCUUCAGGCCGGUGUUUUUGGAGGAGUAUGAACAAAGGCCAAGGUCGUGUGCCCCGGGUCCCACUGCCUCCAACUGGUCAAGUUCUAGCGUCAAUAGUACUCCCAACGGAGAGGAGGUGGACGAGCGCGAGUUUGUAUCCUCUAAUAAAACCAUGAAACUGGGGAUGUGCCGGCGUGAACUGCGGCGGGAGGAAACCCGAGCAAGACACGUCCCGAGUUACGCCAAACUCUGUGUCUUCGCUAUGCUGUUCAACCUCGUGCUGGGUGUCGUGGCAUUCUUUCUCAACAACCGGGCGAGGCGGGAAUACCGACGUCAUCGCUUUAGCCGCGCCAAUAUCUUGUACUUUUUCGUCAUCAUUCUUUGCACAACCUCCAUAUUCAUCACUAUCUCGGUGGCCACUUUGCUGUUGGCGAAUGGGAUCGUUGAGGGACCAGCACAGGUGGAAAGAGACCGUAUCAAGGAGAAGUUGGAGUGUCAGGCCAAGUAUCUGGGUCAGAGUUUUGACAUUAUGAACUUCUACGGGAUGGAGGAAGAGGUUUUUUGCACGUUUGCCAAUAACGAAGGCGUUAUGCAGGCGUUGAUGGGUUAUAUGAUGGAUGUCAACAUAAUGAAGGGUAUGGUCAAGACCAAAGUGGAAUGUAAGCUCACUACUGUAGAACAAAGCGGGAGUGAGGCUUCUCCUGAUCACAGCAAGUCUUUGGGCAUUGAAAACUUAAAUAGCAUAGGUACUGCUUUAGAAAACGGGAGCUCUUCUUCUAUAGAUGGGAAUCUGAAUUCGACAGGUGGGACAAAGAAGGAGAAAGGGGAAACAGGGGAUUCAAACACAGUCCCCACUCGUGGAGACAAUGAAAGGCUGGCUGCUCGAGGAAAGGAAGACUUUAACAGCAGGAAUGAGGUGGGUUCUCCGCGUAACACAAAGCACUUGGUGCCUCAGACUCACGAUACUGUGAAAAAAUCUGAGGAAGCUCCCUAUGUCUCUGACAGCAUGAAGCAGUACUUGAACGAGUUGCAGAAGAAGAAUUCUCAUUCUGGGACGUCAGACUCAAAUAUUGGCGUGCAAACGACAAAUCAGACAAACAAGGCAAAUACUGCCCCAGAAGGUGAUGGUUUCACGGAGAUUAAUAGAACUGAGAGCAUAAAACCUUCACUAAACACUUCUGUUACUCUCGGCUCAGACUUUACAGCAACAAAUAUGAAUGAUACCAAUGUUGAUGAGGCUUCACAGCUGUUCGGCGAAGUCUCUGCCAACAGUACACAAUUUGAGAAAUUUACGAGCAAUAAAACUCAGUCCAUAAGUCCUGAGACACCUGCUACACAGGGUGGAGACAAUCCAUCAUGGAGCUUCCUAAACUCAACUGGAGACACAGCAUAGCAGUAAGGAACAUGUCUGCCAAAGCAACGUGUGUUUUUGUGCAGAGAGCCCUUAUUAUUGUGUUUGUGUGAAUGGCUUUCUGCUCAAAGCGCGACCUUCAUCAUAGGACAAUCUACAAUACCUUCUUUACUCCGAUCAAAAUCAUUAGAGCAUGUUUCACUAGCAUCUAUGGUGUAGCAGUGACGUUAUUCGGCGCUGUACGCACUCUCUGCUUGGAAGUUGGACCCCGCCCAGCUGGGGUAGGCAUCGUAUAAGACCUAAGUUCUGUUGAUGCAGGCUUAAAACUCGCACAAUGUCUCCCAUGCUACGUUUUCUGCUGUUGAUAUCAGCAUCUCAAAUUGUUUACACAGAACAACUGAAGUACCUGGGCGUCCUCGUAGUGCCGUAUGGCGUCACGCACUCAAAGAAAACGCCCACACUCGCUGGAUCAAAGACAUCCACAAUUUCAAGAAGAGAGUACCACAUUUGUGGCGCAGUAUGUAAAGGAUUAGAUCAACCAUGCGGACGUUUGUGGCUCAAGUCCGAGCGGUGUUCGAAUACUUUGUUCUACCUUAAAAGAAUACUUUCUCUCAUCCCGGUAUCUGAAACGGACUUCCAGUAGCAGCAGAAAAAUAAAAAUGGGUCUCAGAACUACUGUUCCAUAUUAGUUGAAGAAUUACAUGAUUGGAAACGCACUGUCUCAGCGUGUACUUAUAUAUGUUUGUUGUAUACAUCAUGGGUAAAAUUAAUUGGAAAAUAAUUAUGUUUACCCCUGAAAUUGGCAGGGUUUCGCACAACCCCCCCCCCCCCAACCACCACCAAUAUUGAAACCAAAAAAAGUUGAGAAAAGACCUAUCUAGAACAAUGACUCUCUAGGAUAUGGUUAGAAUCCUUGUCUGUCUGCCCUCAGCAAGAAUUUAUUGUCCAACAGUAUGGCAGGUUUCACAUUUUACAAGAAGCCCUCCCUCGUCUCCAUUUUCAGACUGAAAUGUAAAGGCUUGGAGAACAAACGACCUUGACCCGUGAGUUCAGCAGUCAAGAUUUGUUUCAAGUGAAAGGGAAGCGGCGAAAAUUAAUACAACAGUUUUUUACCGCAUAUGAAGAGCACAGUGGUAAACUCUCCUUAUAGUCGAAAAUCUGAGUUAUUACACAAAAAACUAAGCAGGUGAUUGCUUGAGAAUAAAAAGCUUCCUUUAACAGUUUCGUUGUAUUCGAAGCUACCAAUGACAAAUCGCCGCUGCUUUUAUCCUUUGUUUAUCUUGUUGUUCAAAAAUGACAAACCUGUUAUCGUCAAACGUAGGUGCCAUAGUUUUUUUUCUAAACAAUGGCGCGAAGUAUUAUGGCUUUUAAGGGUAGUUAUUUGUAUCAUGUCGUGCUUCGUUGUGAAUCUCACCAUCAUCACCAUCGUCAAUGCCAUACUUAUAUAUGACAUAUCCAUCCUUUAAAAAAAUUAUUAUUAGUAUGAUUGUCAUUGUAGUAGUUAUUU